CAAACGGAAUUUAGAACGGAUCAUUUCAUCGAUUUUGUCCAAUGAAACUAAUGAUAGAAUGGUUUGAUUUAUUCAGUGAAAACCAGACUUGUUGAAAAUAUAAAUAUCAGUACUAGCACAGAGCACUGUUAAUUAUGUUAAGUUGAAGGUAAACAGUCAACUUUCAAUGUUUUCCAUCUUUCUGUAUUACGCCCAUAUAAGGAAGGCGAAUGGACUGGCAAUUAAGUAUACAAAUAUAUUUACAAAUAUAUAAACUCGAAGCAAAUUCGUAAUGAGUGAUUUCAAACCCAGAUUCUUGAAGCCUACAGAGUCGUCGAGCUACCUAGACAAAAACGAAUCCAAUGCCAUAGAAACAACAGAUUUUAUAUAUAAUAAGCAUUUAUCACAGUCUAUACAGACUCAGAAACAGAGAUUACCCAUUUUUAAUAACAGAAAUCACAUACUUUACCUUUUGGAAAAAUAUCAGACACUGGUUCUUAUCGGAGAGACGGGCUCCGGGAAAAGCACCCAAAUUCCACAGUAUCUAACAGAAGCCGGAUGGCCUGCUCAGGUGGGGAUCUGCGAACCGAGAAGGAUCGCGGCCAUUUCUCUGGCGAACAGAGUGGCAGACGAGACUGGUACUCUAGUACAACAGGACAUGGUGGGAUACGCGGUGCGAUUUGACGCCUGCUAUAAUAAGCCAAAAAUAAAGUACAUGACCGAAGGCAUACUUUUACGGGAGAUGAUGGCAGAUCCCUUACUAAAAAGCUACUCCGUAAUUAUGCUGGAUGAAGUUCACGAACGUACACUGUACACCGAUAUUCUAAUGGGUCUUAUGAAGAAAAUUCUGAAGAGAAGGACCGAACUUAGACUUAUCGUGGCUUCCGCGACUAUGGACGCCAAAGAGCUUCAACAGUUCUUCAAUAAUAACUCCAGCGAAGACAAGAAAAAAGACACUGCAGUUAUCAUGUCUGUAGAGGGGCGGCAGUUUCCAGUAGACAUAUUCUACGUCGCGGAGCCUGUACCUUGUUACGUGCAAGCAUCGGUGGACACCGUCCUCAGAAUAAAUUCUUCCAAGGAACAUGGCGAUAUCCUGGUGUUUUUAACGGGACAAGAGGAGGUUGAAAGGGCCGUUAGGCUGUUAAACGAACACGCUCAUCUUAUAGAGGAGUCAAAGAGGAAGGAAAAAAUGUUUGUGUUACCCAUGUACGGGUCUUUGCCGUACUACGAGCAACUCAAAGUUUUCAAACCGGCUCCCGAGGGUCAUAGAAAGGUCGUCGUCGCUACCAAUGUCGCUGAAACCUCUGUUACCAUACCGGGCAUCGUUCACGUGGUCGACUGUGGCUUUGUCAAAAUGAAGUGGUUUAAUAGCGAGACGCACACAGACAGUUUAAUAACUUUGCCGAUAAGUAAGGCUUCCGCGAGCCAGAGGGCGGGCAGAGCUGGUAGAUUAAGAUCGGGGAAGGUUUUCAGGCUAUACACAGAAGAAGACGCAGCUGCCUUAGCAGAAAACACGCCACCCGAAAUGGUCCGGAGCAACCUAACUUACGCGAUUCUGCAGCUUAAAGCAAUGGGCAUCGACAACAUACUGAAAUUCAAACUGCCCAGCCCGCCGCCUUUACAAAACCUGAAGAGCGCUCUGGAGAUAUUGUACGCUCUCGACGCUAUCGACAUCCAAGGAGAACUCACCAGGCCCCUCGGUUUUCACAUGGCAGAAUUCGCCCUGGAUCCGUUUUACUCCAAGGUCCUUCUCAGCUCCGGCGAGUUUGGUUGUUCCGAGGAGAUACUGACUAUCGUCUCGGUGUUGCAAGUGGAAACAGUUUUCGCGAGACCGUCCACGGGUAAUUCUGUGAUCAGAGCGCGGAUUCAAAAGAGACUGUUCGAGGUAGAGGAGGGAGAUCUGAUAACUUAUCUCAAUGUUUACAACGGUUUCAUACAGAGCGAGAUGUCGCAGGGCUUCUGCCACAAGAAUUUCCUCAACUACAAGAGCUUGAAGAGAGUGGUCGAGAUUCGGAAUCGGCUGGAAAAGAUGCUGAAAAAUUACGAUGUGCCCGUCGUAUCUUGUACAAGGUCGACAGAACCGAUAUGUCAGUGUUUGGUCAAGGGGCUCUUUCCGAACGCGGCGUAUCUGCACCACAGCGGAGUUUAUAAAACCAUCCGAGGGGACAUAGAACUUUACGUGCACCCAGACAGCGUGCUGUACACCAUUCCGCAGCCCCAAUGGGUAUUAUUCUGCGAAGUUAUACACACGAGCAAGCUCUAUAUGAGAGAUUUAACCGUAAUAAAAAGCGAGUGGCUCCUAGAACUCGCUCCGCACUUCUAUUACAAAACUUUUAGCGACUAAACAAAUAUAUUUCAGGGAAUAAAACCACUUUUUAACUUA